GCGAGCUUUCGCCUCGAUCGCGAACACCCAGCGAUUGCUUCUGUCUGUAGCGUAGGUAUGGCUCCCGCGAGGGAACCGAGAGGCGGCGGGAACUCGGGUCGGGGUCUCGCUCUGUGCUGACCGCGACCCAGGGCCGAGUGGGCUAUGGGGGAUCCUGGCUCCCUGGUCAGGGAAGGCCGCGCUGGUGACCGGAGCUGGUGCUUGCGGCGGGUGGGGAUGAAUGCCGAGUGGCUGCUGCUGGAGGAUGGAAACGAGGUGACUGUAGGGCGAGGAUUUGGUGUCACAUACCAGCUGAUAUCAAAAAUCUGCCCUCUGAUGAUUUCCCGAAACCACUGUAUUUUGAAGCAGAAUGCCGAGGGCCAAUGGACAAUUAUGGACAACAAGAGUCUGAAUGGUGUUUGGCUGAACAGAGAACGUCUAGAACCUUUAAAGGUCUAUUCUAUCCAUAAUGGAGAUCACAUCCAGCUUGGGGUGCCUCUGGAAAAUAAGGAGAAUGCAGAGUAUGAAUAUGAAGUUACUGAAGAAGACUGGGAGAGGAUUUACCCUUGUCUUUCCCCAAAAAGUGACCAGAUGAUGGUAAAAAAUAAGGGCUUGAGAACUAAAAGGAAAUUUAGUUUGAAUGAAUUAGAGGGUUCUGGAGCUGAAGGCCCCUCAAAUUUGAAAUCCAAAAUAAGUAAAGUGUCUUGUGAAUCUGGUCAGCCAGUGAAGUCACAUGGGAAGGGUGAAGUGGCUAGUCAACCCUCUGAAUAUUUGGAUCCUACUUUGACUUCUCUUCAGCUAAGUGGGAAGACCACAGGGGCUCAUGUUUACCCAGGCCCCGCAAAAGUUGUAGAGCUUCAUUAUAAGAAGCAGAAAGCCUCAAAUCCUUCAGCAUCUCAGAGCAGCUUAGAGCUGUUUAAGGUAACGAUGUCCAGGAUUCUAAAGCUGAAAACACAGAUGCAGGAAAAGCAGGUAGCUGUUCUGAAUGUGAAAAAGCAGACCCAAAAAGGGAACUCGAAGAAAAUUGUGAAAAUGGAGCAGGAACUGCAGGAUUUACAGUCCCAGCUGUGUGCAGAGCAGGCCCAACAGCAGGCCAGAGUGGAGCAGCUGGAGAAGACUUUCCAGGAAGAGCAGCAGCAUCUCCAGGGUUUGGAGAAGGAGCAAGGGGAAGAGGACCUGAAGCAACAGCUGGCCCAGGCUCUGCAGGAGCAUCGGGCUCUGAUGGAACAGCUGAAUCGCAGCAAGAAGGACUUUGAAGCAAUCAUUCAAGCCAAGAACAAAGAAUUGGAGCAGACCAAGGAAGAGAAGGAGAAGGUGCAAGCACAGAAGGAGGAAGUUCUUAGCCAUGUGAAUGACGUGCUAGAGAAUGAGCUCCAGUGUAUUAUUUGUUCAGAAUACUUCAUUGAGCAAAGAGACUGUCCUCAAGACCGUGCUCGAAGGGCAUUUGAAAGACUGCCAGGCAUUGGGAACUUGGGAUGGUCUGGAGGAUUCACUAUGGACAGGUCUGGGACCGCUCUGAGACAGAGCAUGGGAUAGAGCCACGUGGGACAGAGACUGAGUUAGGAAUCCUCCGUCACGAGCCUCCAUGUUGGCCAUCCCUGCUGCCACCAUUGUCUGAAGCACCGACUGCUUCAGGGUACUUAAGAGACUCUGCUUCACUACACUGAACGGGUUAUAUAUUUCUGUUGUGCUUUUUAAAUUUGUUGUUGUUGUUAUUGUUUUGGUACCUCAGAGGCACCUCUGUUGAUAUUUGUUUUGGGAAGGUUGGGUGUAUCCCUAUGGCUGCCCCUGAAGGCGAAGGCAGCCUCUAUUUGAGAGGAUGGCAUACCUCUUCUUUGUGAAAACAAUGUCAUUUCCUGGAAAUAAAAUGUAAAACCUA